CUCAGGGGCCUGUGCAUAUGACCCAUAGGCAGGCGACACCGCGGCGGCGCGGCAGCAGAGCGCUGCACGACCUCCGCCUCCCCAAUCCGCCCCGUCUCCUUGCCCGCCGCCCCCCGACUCCCGCCGAUCUCCAUCCUGCUAGCAGAGGUGGCCCGGCGUUCUCCUGCUCCCUCACUGGUGAGCAUCCUAAUCCAUCCCAUCCGGCCUCGGCCUCGGCCUCGAAUUUCUUCUCCUCGCCCGCCGCUUGCGCCGAUCCCCAUCCUGCGAGCAGAGGCUGCUUCCACCGCAUCGUCUAUCGCCGGUGAGCAUCCCUCCCUACCCACACCUCAUCAGGAGGCGAAAGAAGGAGAAUUAUUGAUCAAUCAAUUCAGAACGAACGGCUCAGAUAUUGGGGAGGAAGACACGAAGCGGACCUAUGCAUGCUCUCUCCGGCCGCCACCGCUGUAGCCGCCGUCCGUGCCACGGCGGGGUCGCCGGCGGCCGUGCGCGGCAUGCACGCGCGCAUCCUCAAGGAAGGUCUGGCCCACCACCCUCCGAACCCCGCGGCGCUCGUCUCCGCCUAUGCCAAGUCCCGCCUCCUCCCUGACGCCCUCCACCUGUUCGACGAAACCCCGCGCCGGGACAUCUACAUCUACUCCUCGCUCCUCACUGCCGUCUCCCACUCCGCGUCCCCCGAGCUCGCGCUGCCGAUCCUCCGCUGCAUGCUCUCCGCCGACGCCCUCCACCCCGACCACUUCGUGAUCAGCUCCGUUGCCAGCGUCUUCGCCAGGCUCCGUAGCCGCCGCCUUGGCAGGCAGCUGCACGCGCAUUUCGUGGUAUCCCCAUACAACGGGGAUGACGUCGUCAAGUCCUCUCUGGUCGACAUGUACUGCAAGUGUGGCUCCCCGGACGAUGGCAGGAAGGUGUUCGACAGUAUGAGUGCCAAGAACAGCGUUGUGUGGACUGCCCUGGUUUCUGGGUACGCGUCCAACGGCCGCAGUGAGGAGGCGCUGCAGCUAUUCCGUAGCAUGCCUGGGCGCAAUCUGUUUGCAUGGACUGCGCUCAUCUCGGGGCUAGUGAACACCGGUGAGAGUGUCGGCGCAGUGGAGCUUUUUGUUGAGAUGAGGCGGGAUGGUGUUAGGAUUGAUGAUGCAUUCGUGCUGUCGAUCGUCAUUGGCGGUUCUGCAGACCUGGCUGCUUUUGUGCUGGGUAGGCAGUUGCAUGGUUCCACAAUGAGGCUUGGGUUCCUGUCCAACAUGAUUGUUGGGAAUGCGUUGAUUGACAUGUACUCGAAAUGCAGUGAUAUACUCUCUGCUAGAGAAGUAUUUGAGGGGAUUACAUUCCGUGAUGUAAUCUCGUGGACGACAAUGGUUGUUGGAGAGGCACAGCAUGGUCGAGCUGAGGAGGCAUUGGCUCUUUAUGACAGGAUGGUUCUUGCAGGAGCGAAGCCCAACGAGGUGACCUUUGUCGGGUUGAUCUAUGCUUGUAGCCAUGCUGGUCUUGUUCAGAAAGGGCGACAGCUUUUUGAGUCAAUGAAGAAUGAGUAUGGCAUCACUCCUAGAUUGCAGCACUACACGUGUUAUCUGGAUCUUCUUAGUCGCUCAGGCCAUUUAUUGGAAGCUGAAGAGCUAAUGACUACAAUGCCAUAUGAGCCUGAUGAAGCUACUUGGGGGGCCCUGUUGAGCGCAUGUACGAAGUACAAGGAUGCUGAAAUGUGUAUCAGGAUUUCCGAUAAACUAUUAGAGCUACGACCAAAAGAUUCUUCCACAUAUAUCUUGUUAUCUAAUGUUUAUGCAGUGAACGGAAAGUGGGAUUCCGUAGCCAAGGUUAGAAAGUGCAUGAUUGGAUUGGAGAUAAGAAAAGAGCCAGGGUAUAGCUGGAUUGAAGCUGGAAGAGAAUUCCGUUUGUUUCAUGCUGGGGAAGUGCCACUUGAUGUUAGAGAAGAAAUUAUGGUUUUUCUUGAGGAAAUGGUAUUGGAGAUGCGCAAAAGGGGUUAUGUUCCUGAUACUAGUUCUGUGAUGCAUGACUUGGAAGAAAGCGAAAAGGAGCACCAUCUCUUCUUGCACAGCGAGAGAUUGGCUGUUGCUUUUGGAUUAAUCAAGUCUCCUCCAGGGUCUGUGAUCCGGGUGGUGAAGAACCUUCGGGUCUGUGUGGACUGCCAUACAGUAAUGAAGUUAAUUAGUGAAAUAACCCAUCGGAAGAUCGUUGUGCGAGAUUCUAGUCGUUUUCACCAUUUUGAAGGUGGAAAAUGCUCUUGUAGUGAAUUCUGGUAGAAGGUCUGCUGAUGUCCAGUUGUGCUUCCAGUCUUCUAGAACUCUAGGUAUGACAUAAGCUAUUGCUUUUGGGGGUCGACUUCUUUGCAAUGCCUACUAACUUAUUAAGGUCUGCCACAAGUUGGUUAUACCAAAUGGAUAGUCAUUUUCCUUUAUAACUUAUUUGUUGUUUCAGUCCUAGAAAACAAUACAGCCAUCCUGUUUCAAAGAAAAAGGAAUUCAUCCAUAUUCUUCUGUUUUUUCCUUGUACAUAUCCGCUAAAUAUAAAGUUACCAUGGAAUAUAUGACAACUCACCGGUAGCAUUAGUGAGUUAACAAACUAGGAUGAUCAGCUCAGUUCUUUCAAAGAUAAUGUUGAAGAACAUGUACUUCAUUUAUUAUGUUUGUUCGUAAUAGCUCAUGGAUACAAGGGUUGCAACCCUUUUCGUUUUCAUUCUGUUGAAAACUUUGCUUAAUAGUAUUUGGUGGGAGUUAUUCUUAGGUACUUUCAAAUUUCUUUAUCAUGUAAAAAUUAAAUCACUGAUCAAAAUAUGGAUCUUAAAUCAUAGGACAUAAAAUUAGACUAAUAUAUAAAGGUAAAGAGCAGGUUGAAGAAAAAUCCUUCAAUAACUGAGGAGUUUCUACAUGAUGGUCUGCUCCAACUUCCCUCUCUCGCACACCACACAUACACAGCACUGGACUCUCUCUUACUUUGGUUGCAUUUUGAAGUUGGUAUGUUUCUCCGAUAGUAUUUAAUACACCCUCUCCUAACAUGUUGGUUAACUAAAAUCUGUAUUGAUAGAAAUGUUGCAGAGGCUACAAUGGACAGAGUGUCAUCUAUACUCUUAUCUUGGUGAGCUCUUAUUUAUAUUCCGGCGCACAAGCUUUGGAAGUUGACGCAGUGAUAUAUGACAUGAUUUGUCAUGAUUGAAUCAUGCUUGGAAUCUAAUUUACUCACACAAACUUAGGAUGAAGCGAUAACAGCAUUUAGCACAGUGAUAGGAGCAGCUGAUCUUGGUUCUCUCUGUGUCUGUCUCUGCUUUUGAGUUUCAGUAGCCUAUAAAGUUGGAACUUAUUUUUCCCUAUUCAUUCUCUAAUAUUAUUUUUUCUGUGCCCUUCUCAAAUAUGAUCCAUUUUUCUUGAUUGUGCAGGGAAGAUCUUUCAUCCGGGAGGGAGGACAUACUGUUAGUUUAUGUUGUUCUGGCGUUAUGGACUUAUGGUAAUGCUAUUGCUAUUCAUGCUUAGUUCUAUUAUCACCUUUCACAUUUCCUUGAUUAUUGCGUUAUUAGCUUUAUGAUUAGGCAAUUCCCAGAACUUGAUGCUUUGCUUCCAGCCUUCGAGAAAAAACGGAUACAAUACAUAUUUAUGGUGCCAAUUCAAGUUUAUGAGGUUCAUUCGUUCUUGGAGGUUGAACUCCACACUAACCGUAUUGAGUAUGGUUUCUUCUUUUACUUAGUGAGUUAGUGUUUGCUAGGUCUUGGUUAGAAAAAGACUCAGUGUUUGAUAGGAUGGUAUAUGAUGAUUACACUACAUAUUCAUGCCACAUGAUCCGAUCGGCAUAGUAGAAUUGGUAGAGCAGCCUCUAGACAACACAUAUUAUGAAUGGUUCCAUGACCACAACACAGAUAGCAAAUAGAAAUAGGCUUCAUUAUAAAUUCUAAAUAAUGCAAAGCAGUAAACCUAAAUACAAAAUCACAAAUUACUUGUACAACAAAGUUAAAAAUGUGAGUUACAAAGGUUCAUCUGUGCUAUGAGUUGUAGUUGGAUUGGGCCAAGCAUGGACUACAAAUUGUGAUGAAAGAUAAACAUGCAUGAGGCUUGAGUGCUUGAUAGAUGGUUGACAUCUAAGUGGCGGUCAUAUUAUUUCCGAUGAGAAGGACAAAGAGGAACACCAAGGUUAAGGGUUAGCAACACCAAAUCUAAGAAUACAAGGUUGACUAUAUAUCGUACGGGUGGGUGUGAUACCAAAAUAAUUGAAGGUUCUGGUUAAUUAGCAGCGUACGCAUUAAGGUUUUGUAGUGACUGGCAUCAACGAUUAUCUUACUGACACAAGCAGGAGAUGUAUUGUCUAUCAUAUUGUUGUAUACAAGAGUCAAAUGCAGUAAGUCAAUGUAAGCCAUCCAUGUCUAAAGCAUAACACUAAUGUGUCAAAUUUCCCAUGUAUAGGUGCUAUUAACUUUGCCAAGUGACAACAAAUAGGUUGGAUGUACAGGUAAAUUUGGCUACAGAAGUUCAUGCAUGCAUGUUUUAAUUUUUGUUAUGAACUAAGCUAGAAAUAUAUCAUAUGGUGAAGCGUGCAAAUGGAAUGAUAAGUGAUGGCAGAAACAAAGAUUAAUUGAGCUGUGGACACGCAAUGAAAUAUAAGUUAAAUUAAUCUGAUUGUACAUAUAUUAGUUAUUUUAGUCAAUGAGGAGAAGCCAAUAUUUGAGAUAUGAAGAUAUUCUCUGUUCAGCCCUUUGGAGUUCAUGUGUCGUUACAGAUGGGUAGUAGAUGACAGAACAGCCAGCAACAUGCAAAGAAACAAAUGGACCAUGAGAGGCCCAAUGAUAAGGGAGGUACAAUAGACUUGGGGAAUGGUAAGUGACUUGGUGCAAUUAGUUGUUUUAAUCUGGGGGAGGGCCAGACCACGGCAGCUCACAUGACCGGUAAGGUGUUCGACGAAAUGUUUAUCUCCAUGCCAUUUCAGUUUCCUUUCCUCAUCUUUUGCCCUUCGUUGAAUCGCAUCCAUCAACUGCAAAAUACUAGAUUAUAGCACCUUGCCCCAACUUCUCCUUUCUUCUUCUUCCUCCCUUUUAUUUCUCUCUCGCAGGCAAAGGUCGCACGCAGCUGCGGGAGGCCAGCACUGAUUGGGCCGCGUGCGGCGGUUGGGCGGUGGUCUCCGGUCGCGCUGAUGAAAUAUGCAGUUUGACCAAGGGCAAAAGAUGAUGGAGGCAAAGUCCCAAAGUUUUCAACUAUAUGAUUUAAUUUGUUAAAUGUUAUAUAUUAUAAAAAAACAACCAAGAUUCCAUGCCAUAUCAACAUUUGCAAACAGCUAGUAACAUUUUCU